CUGAACUGCAUAUUUUAUAAUGUUUAUACCCUUUUUUGAUGAAAUAAAAUUGUUUUGAACUCAAAAUUGUGGCAUUUUACAACUGGUUUGAUAAAAGCUUUCACGUUGUACAAUUAAAAGUGUGGCUGUAUAGCAGAAUAAAUGCAUAAGAAAAUAAGUAUUAUAAAGUGUUGCUGUGUGCGUGUUAAAACCACCCCUGUGUUUUACGAAGCGUUCUUUCCUUGUGUUUAGCUGCCAAACUUUUGCGGCUUGUGUACGAAGGGAGUAAACGGGAUAGAGAUUCCAGUCGCAAGAUGAAGUGACACAAUAUCCAUCCGGAGCUGUUUUCAUUCUACAUAAAAUGAAACCAUUCGUGCACUGUGGGGCACCAUUAGCUCUCAUUAUCGUCCACGUAAUUUUAAGUCUAUGGCGAUGCGUGUGUGGCUACAUGAUUGUAGUUAAUGAAAAUGAUUUGCCUGGAAAAGUUAUAUUCAACGCAUCUGUAUAUAAGCUUGGAUCUGAAAGGCACUACAGGAUAAAUGCUCAUAAAACAGCAUAUUUUGUGCAUCAUUUACUCAAGGUUGACGCCCAAAAUGGGCAGAUUACACUUAAAAAACACAUGAAAUGUGACGGUAUCCAUUAUCCAAAUCUAUUUACAUUUUACGUGGAUUCAACUUCAAACAGGCUUUGGAGUAUAGAUUACUAUAGUUUGCCAUUGCGAAUUUUUAUUUCGGGUACUAACUGUACAGAUGACAGAGUGGCAGAAAAUGUUCGCAAGCAAUUUGAAGAAGAUGACACUGGCUAUAACCGCCGAAGACGUAAAAGACUGUCUGAAGAAGUUGGUUUCCGAAUGUAUGGUCAGUAUACGGGGAACAAUCUCAUGGACUACUCGUUGGAAUAUCCAUGGAUUCAACGUAAUUUACUAACCAAUUAUACUAGUUUUCAAGAUGGCGAUAUACUAUUCGACAGUACUGAAAACAAUAAGUUCCGUCAUGUAAUACUCGAACGAAAGAAACGUGGAAUAACUGAAUCUCUUGAUCAACGUAUGCAUAGGAAAAUUAAUGAUGCUAAACAAUGGAUUUCGGAAACUUUUGCUUCCUACGCCAUUCACACAACUGAUAAAUGGAACAAUAUUUGCCUUAAAAAGUCUCAGUACAUUAAUUCGAUAAAUGCAUUUUUACCUAAAACCAUUUUACAAUAUUGUAAUGUGAAAUAUCUGGAUAUUAACGAUGGUCGCUUUAAAAUCGAACCACAAUCUGGUGAUUUAGUAGCCAGCAAUGAUGUAUGCAUAUUAGAAUCACUUUGGAAAGUAACUAUAACUUACAACGUAAAAUGUGAUCGAAGGGAUAUUAUAGAUGCUGAUCAUCGAUUGAAGAUAGUGUAUCACCAUGAAGAGCUGAAUGACACAGAUAUUGCGAAGCGUGUCAAACGUGAAUUGAGGAACCAAAGCCCCUACUUCGAGCAAGCCUUAUAUGUUGCUUCAGUGCAAGAGGAGCAACCGCCUGGACUGGCAGUAACUACAGUACGUGCUCGAGAUCCAGAAGACUCGCCGGUUGUGUACACGAUGGUAUCCUUAUUAGAUUCACGUUCACAGUCCAUGUUCAAAGUGGAUGCAAGAACAGGAAUAGUUACCACGGCUGUCAGCCUUGACCGUGAACUAAUGGAUGUACACUAUUUCCGAGUAGUUGCAACCGAUGAUAGUUUUCCUCCGCGCUCUGGUACAACAACUCUUCAAGUAAACAUACUAGACUGCAAUGACCAUGCACCUGCAUUUGAAUCUGAAGAAUUUCAGGCUAACAUACGUGAAGGAGCUAGUGUAGGAUCAACGGUGAUUACCGUUAGGGCAACCGAUCAAGAUAUAGGUAAAAACGCUGAUAUUGAAUAUUCCAUUGUUAGCAUUAGCAGCGAUAAUGCAUUGACUUUAGAGCAAAAUGCACAUACAUUUCGCAUCGAUGCGCGUAGCGGUACAAUAUCAACUCGUAGUGCACUUGAUCGAGAGGUUGCUGGCAUAUAUACUCUUAUUGUGACAGCAACAGAUCAGGCUACUCCGCAAAUGGAACGAAAAUCAGCAUCAGCAACAGUGCUUGUGAAAGUGUUAGAUGACAAUGACAAUUAUCCACAGUUUAGUGAAAGAACGUAUACUGUCCAAGUAAAUGAAGAUCAGUGGGCAAAUGAUAACAACGUAAUAGCGCAUAUUCAAGCUACAGAUGCCGAUCAAGGAAUUAAUGCUGCAAUCAGAUACGCUAUUAUUGGCGGGAACACGCAGUCCCAGUUUUCCAUCGAUUCAAUGAACGGAGAUGUAUCACUUGUGAAACCUCUGGAUUAUGAGAGCGUACGCAGCUAUCGAUUGGUCAUUCGAGCGCAGGAUGGAGGCAGUCCUUCACGCAGCAAUACUACCCAACUACUAGUGAAUGUUCUAGAUGCCAACGAUAAUGCACCUCGUUUCUAUACGUCACAGUUUCAGGAGGCAGUUUUAGAAAGCGUUCCAGUUGGGUACAACAUUGUUAGAGUUCAGGCAUACGAUUCUGACGAGGGAUCCAACGCUGAGAUAUCAUAUAGCCUACAAGAUAGAGACGAUAAUUUACCCUUGGCAGUAGAUGCAAGGACUGGAUGGAUACAUACCAUUAAGCCAUUGGAUCGCGAAGAACAGAGCCGAUAUAGCUUCCAGGUUGUUGCAGUGGAUGGAGGAAUUCCUCCAAAAUCAGCAAGCACCUCGGUAGUGGUGACCAUUCAAGACAUUAAUGACAAUGAUCCUGCUUUUAGUCCAAAAUACUACGAGGCGACUAUCGCAGAGGAUCAACCACCAGGAACACCAGUAGCAACGGUAACUGCCACCGAUGCAGAUGAAGAUUCGCGACUUCACUAUGAAAUUACGGCGGGAAAUACAAGAGGUCGAUUUUCAAUAACAUCACAAAAUGGUCGCGGUCUAAUAACAAUUGCUCAACCUUUGGAUUAUAAACAGGAAAGAAGAUUUGCCCUCACAAUUACAGCGACGGACAGUGGUCAACGAACGGACACAGCUAUUGUCAACAUUAAUAUUACAGAUGCUAACAAUUUUGCUCCAGUAUUUGAGAAUGCUCCUUAUACAGCAUCAGUAUUUGAGGAUGCUCCGAUUGGUACUACUGUUCUAAUAGUUUAUGCAACCGAUAGUGAUGUAGGCGUAAAUGCUCAAAUCACAUACAUGCUGAACGACGAAUCUGUAAAUGGCAUUGGGUCGCACGAACCAUUUAGUAUAAAUCCACAAACGGGAGCUAUAAUAACAAGUGCACCGUUAGAUAGAGAAACGAUCAGUGGCUACCUGCUAACAGUAACAGCUAGAGACGGCGGUAGUCCGUCGCUAAGUGAUACUACUGAUGUAGAAAUAAGUGUCACAGACGUCAAUGAUAAUGCGCCACAAUUUAAAGUUCCGCUUUAUCAAGCCACAAUACCAGAGGAUGCACUUAUUGGGACGUCCGUUAUACAGAUAGCUGCCACUGACAUUGAUAUGGGCUUAAAUGGAAGAGUUAAAUACACUAUGAGUUCCAAAGAUGUGGAGGACGGUUCCUUUAUUGUGGAUCCGGUUUCUGGCGUUAUCCGUACUAAUAAAGGUCUGGAUCGAGAAAGUAUUGCCGUUUACCAUUUAACAGCAUUCGCGACAGACAAAGGAACUCCCACUCUCAGCAGCUCAGUUGAAGUUCAAAUACGCUUGGAUGAUGUAAAUGAUUCCCCUCCAACAUUUUCGAGUGACAAGAUUAUUUUGUACGUACCUGAAAAUAGUCCGGUCGGAUCAGUAGUAGGAGAAAUUCAUGCCCAUGAUCCUGAUGAGGGAGUUAAUGCGAUUGUUCAUUAUUCGAUUAUUGGUGGUGAUGACUCAAACUCUUUUUCACUGGUCACAAGACCAGGUUCGGAAAGAGCACAGUUAUUAACAAUGACUGAGUUGGAUUACGAAUCAACAAAAAAGAAGUUUGAGCUGAUUAUAAGAGCAGCAAGCCCGCCAUUGCGGAACGACGUUCAUGUGGAAGUACUUGUAACAGACGUAAAUGAUAACGCACCAAUAUUAAGAGAUUUUCAGGUGAUUUUCAACAACUUUAGAGAUUGCUUUCCAAGUGGAGUCAUUGGAAAAAUACCAGCCUUCGAUGCUGAUGUAACUGAUCGCCUGACGUACCGUAUAUUGUCAGGCAACAAUGCAAAUUUAGUGAAAUUGAACAGUUCAACUGGUGGUUUGACAUUAAGUCCCCAAUUGAAUACCAACGUGCCAAAAUUCGCAACAAUGGAAGUGUCUGUAACAGACGGUAUCAACGAAGCAAAAGCCAUUAUGCAAUUGAUCGUACGGUUGGUAACUGAGGAUAUGUUGUUCAAUUCAGUAACUGUUCGGCUUGACGAAAUGACGGAAGGAGCAUUCCUAUCACCAUUGUUAAAUUUUUUCCUUGAUGGACUAGCGGCCAUUAUCCCGUGCCCGAAGGAAAAUAUCUUUCUUUUUUCCAUACAAGAUGAUACCGAUGUUAAUAGUCGCAUAUUGAAUGUAAGCUUCUCAGCUCGUCGCCCUGAUGUAUCUUUUGAGGAAUACUACUCUCCUCAAUACCUGCAAGAAAGAGUGUAUCUUAACCGGGCCAUUUUAGCCAGAUUGGCUACUGUUCAAGUGCUGCCUUUCGACGAUAAUCUAUGUGUUCGGGAACCAUGUUUGAACUACGAGCAAUGUCUAACUGUUCUCAAAUUUGGCAACGCGUCUGGUUUUAUCAGUAGUGAUACAGUAUUAUUUCGACCAAUAUAUCCAGUGAACACGUUUGCUUGUAAGUGUCCUAAAGGUUUUACUGGUAGCAAAGAACACUAUUUAUGCGACACUGAAGUAGAUUUGUGCUACUCUGAUCCUUGUUUCAAUGGUGGCAGCUGCACCCGGAGAGAAGGUGGAUAUGCAUGCAUUUGCCGAGAGCAAUACACUGGUGUCAAUUGUGAAACACAAAUAAAAAAUCUUAAACCAUGCGUAACCGAUACAUGCAGUGAUGGAUACAGUUGUUUAACACAUACGUUGAAUACUCCUCGCAGCCCAUCUUAUACUCGCACGUGUGAGCUGGCAUCACGAUCGUUUUCAAGACAUUCCUUUUUGACAUUUCCGAGUAUGAAGCAGAGACACAGGUUCAAUAUUAAACUUAGUUUUGCAACGGUGCGAGAUAACGGCUUACUUUUGUACAAUGGAAGAUACAACGAACAGCAUGACUUUAUAGCUCUCGAAGUUAUCAAUGGCAGAAUUAUGUUCUCAUUUUCACUUGGUGAUAAAAUAGAAUCAGUUAUAGUGGAUCAAAACAAAAAAAUAUCUGAUGGAAACUGGCACUCGAUUGAAGUGAGCUAUUUCAAUCGUACCGUUGUAGUAUCAGUUGAUAAUUGUGACACCGCGCUUGCACUAGCGAAUCUUGGUCAACGAUGGAAUUGUGCAAACCAAACUACAAUGGUAUUAGAGCAAAGAUGUGUAUCACUAACUGAGUCUUGUCAUCGCUUUUUAGACCUUACAGGGCCGCUUCAAAUUGGCGGUCUACCGAAAAUCUUCUCGCAUUUUCAGAUUCAGUCACACGAUUUUAUUGGCUGUAUUUCAGAUGUUUAUAUUGAUCAUAAGUACAUUGAUCUAAAUGCUUUCAUCGCUGACAAUGGAACAAUGACGGGCUGUCCACAAAAAUCAGCAUCGUGUGCAUCAGAGCCAUGUUUUAAUGGUGGUACUUGCCGCGAAGGAUGGGGAGAAGGUUGGGAAUGUGAUUGUCCUGAUGGAUUUACUGGAAAUGCUUGUCAGGAAUCAGUGACAAUACCUUGGCGUUUUAACGGAGAUGGAAUUUUAAGUUUCAAUCCUUUGCUGCGACCAAUUCAAUUACCCUGGCUUACAGCAUUGUCUAUCAAAACCAGACAAAAGGAUGCAUUUUUGAUGCAAGUACAAGUUGGACAAAACAGCACUGCGAUAAUUUCGCUGCGCGAUGGUAUAUUGUAUUAUACUUACAAUGCAGAACCAAUGUUCCUAGCUGGAACAAAUCUUGCGGAUGGCAAUUGGCACCAAAUUGAAAUCAAAUGGCUUGGCGCAGAAGUAUCGCUCUCAGUAGACUAUGGUCAACGUACAGCUGUACUCCCAAUAACACAAAAAAUUCAAGGAUUGUACGUAGGGAGGAUUGUAAUUGGUGGUUCUGAAAGUACCAGCACUAUAUACGGUAACUAUGGAUAUUAUGAGGGUUGCAUUCAAGAUAUCCGUGUUGGUGGUAGCCAGUCGGUUUUAAAUAGGCCAACUAUUCGAGAGAAUGUUAUUGAUGGUUGUAAAUCUAAUGCAAAAUGCCCAGAUAAUUGUCCAGAGCAUUCACGUUGCGUUACAAGUUGGGAUGAAGCUCACUGUGAAUGUCUUCAUGGAUAUGUUGGUGAAGAUUGUUUACCGGUUUGUACAGCUAAACCGUGUACAGACAACGGCUCCUGUCGUUCCGAUUCGUUAUCCAAGAGAGGUUAUCGAUGCGAAUGUAACAAUACUGUUAGCUCCGGAGAGUAUUGCGAAAUAGUGACACAGAAACCAUGUCCAGCUGGAUGGUGGGGAGAAAGAGGCUGUGGACCGUGUGAAUGUAAUCUAAAGCAGGGUUACCAUCCGGAUUGUAACAAAAUUACAGGUCAAUGCUACUGCAGGGAAAACCAUUACCAGCAAGCGAAUGAUUCUGCCUGUUUACCAUGUGAAUGUUACGCAGUUGGUUCUCACGGGAAAUCAUGUAACAGUUCCGGACAGUGCGAGUGUCGGGAUGGAGUCAUUGGAAGAAGGUGUGAUUCUUGUUCUAAUCCUUAUGCUGAAGUUACGCUGAAUGGUUGUGAAGUGGUUUACGACGCUUGUCCGAAAUCGUUUGCAGCUGGUCUUUGGUGGCCUAGGACUGCGUUUGGUGAGACGGCAAUUCAAAACUGUCCACUCCCUGCCAGAGGGAAAGGCAUACGUAAAUGUGAUCUAGUUCAGGGUGGUUGGGGACAACCCGACAUGUUCAACUGUACAUCUGAACAAUUUUUGGAUCUACGCAAACAGCUGUCUCAAAUUGAGUCUGAGGGAUUGGAGUUGAAUACAUUUGUGUCUGUUAAAAUUGCCGCUACCUUGCAGCAUGCCUGUGUAAGCGUUGGCCGUUUCGGAGGGGUUGACCGGAAAGAAUCUCACCCUAUGAAAAACAUGUAUUUUCUGGAGUCUUCGUUUGUUUCGAAAAAUAUUUUUUGGCAACCAGAGGAUUUGGAUUUUAACUAUUUGGGCGAUAAUCAACAUCCUAAUCAGGAUAAGCUAUAUGGAGCAGACCUACUGAUAACUGAACGAUUGCUACAUGAAUUAAUUAAUUAUGAAAUAAUGCAAAGAGGCUUAAAUUUGUCACAUAGUCAGGAUAAACACUUUAUUAAAAAUCUAGUAGAAAGUGCCGGAAGCAUAUUAGAUCCUCGUUAUCGUAAUGAAUGGAAACGGGUUACUGAUCUCACUCAGAGAGGACCAGAUGAUCUCGUUGAUGCAUUUAAUAGAUAUAUGACUGUACUUGGGAGUACACAACAUGAUACUUACACGAACCCAUUUGAAAUUGUUCAUGAGAACAUUGCAUUUGGUAUGGAUGUCGUAACAGCUGAGUCAUUAUUCGGUUACGAGCCCCAGUUGCUAACGGAAUUUCAUCAACAAAAUAGUAAAGCAAACUUAUUUACAACGGAAAGUGUAAUCCUUCCAGAUACAAGUACAUUCCUCCAACAAUCAAGUAAACAUAAGCAAUUGCAAAUUCAUUUUCCAAAAUAUAAUAACUACAUCCAGGACAAGAGCAAGUUUGAUCGAAACAGUAAAAUUGUAAUUCCUCUUGAUAUGUUAGGUAUCUCACCUCCUGAGAAAAAUGAAGUCACAGAUUCCGUCAGCGAUCAUCGAGCAAUUGUGUGUUAUGCGCAAUACAAAAGUGUGGGAUCGAUAUUCCCUGCUAAUUUUGAUGAAACCAUUACACGACGAUGGGGUAUUGAUAUCCAAAUUGCGAGUGCAGUAAUAUCUCUGGUUAUUCUGGUACCUGAGAGCAACAAACAUAUAGAAUCCAAAACUAUCUCAAGUGAACAAUUGAAUUCUAUAGACAAGAAUAGUAAAAAUGAAGUAGGCGAUUUUAAUCCUACUUUACACGAGCAAGUUAAUGAGAAACUGGCAAAUGAAAUUAAAAUAUCUAUACAUGAUAUAAGUGAACAUGAACAAAUGGAUCACCUAGGCAAUCAUCAUGAAAUGGCAAUGAGUUUUGACGAAAAUCCUUUCGAAGUAUCGAAUCCACCUGAUACAGUAAUCUUAUCACCCCUUGUUGCUCAAAGUGAUACAAAAGGUAGAAUAGAUAAGCAAAAGUACACUAGUAUAAAAAAACGUAGUUUAGUUCAACAAUUUACGCCUAAUUUAGAUGACGAUAUUAUUCAGAGUAAACCAAUUGAAUACAAGCCGUUGGGAAAUCCUCAUUUUCCUCAGUCAAUAAAAUUACAAAUGUGGCUGCAAAUUCCACGAAAUUGGUUUGGUUCGCGCUCAAAUCCGCAAUGCGUUCGUUGGAAUAGUCAUCUUAAUCUAUGGACUCGCUUGGGUUGCCAGACAGAGAUUCCUGAUUAUGAUCUGCUUACAUUGAAUGAUACAGUAAUAAUAAAUUGCACGUGCAGCCAAGUAUCUAGUUAUGCUGUUCUAGUGGAUGUAAUUGAUCCGGAGGACAUUCCCGAACCAUCACUGCUUGUGCAGAUAACAUCAUAUUCAGCAUUUCUCAUGUCACUGCCGAUGCUUUUUGUCGUGAUUUUAUCGCUAUUGUUACUUCGAGGACUUCAAACAAAUUCAAAUGCAAUUCAUCAGAAUCUGCUACUCUGCAUAUUCAUUGCAGAAUUACUUUUCUUUGUUGGAAUUCAGGCUCGCCGAGAGUUAGUUGACAAUGAGUUUUCUUGCAAGCUAAUGGCUAUAGCAAUGCAUUAUGCAUGGCUUGCAGCAUUUGCAUGGACAACAGUGGAUUGCGUACAUCUAUAUCGCAUGCUAACCGAAAUGCGAGAUAUUAAUCACGGACCAAUGGGAUUUUAUUACACACUAGGAUAUGGAGCUCCAGCACUUUUGGUGGGGCUUUCCGUCGGUGUGCGUGUGCAUGAAUAUGGAAAUAAUAUGUUUUGUUGGCUUUCAGUAUACGAAUCUGUUAUCUGGUGGCUUGUGGGUCCAAUCGUAGUGAUGUCAGUAGCUAAUCUCUUAAUCUUAUUUUUAUCUGUAAAGGCUGCCUUUACGAUAAAGGAUCAUGUAAUGGGAUUUGGAAAUUUGCGUACCUUACUCUGGCUUUCAGUUGUGUCUCUUCCAUUGAUGGGCAUCAUGUGGGUACUAGCAGUCCUUGCUGCAUCUGAGAGUUCACAGCUUCUGAAAAUUUUAUUGUCUGUAACUGUGAUAGUACAUGCCUUUUUCUCAGUAAUCGGAUACUGCAUCAUUAACAAACGCGUUAGAGAAAAUUUACAUCGAACUUUCUUAAGAUGCAUGGGCCGCAAAGUUCCACUGUUGGAUUCAUCACUCGCAGUAUGCAACAGCGCGCAAAACAUAAACGGACAAAAAACACCAGGAUUUACAAGUCAGUAUGAUACAGCUAGACGUAAUAUAGGAAUCAGCACUUCCAGUACUACUUCUAGAAGUACCGCUAAAACCAGUUCGAGUCCUUAUAGGAGUGAUGGCCAAUUUCGAAAUACUUCUACAUCGACGUCAAACUACAACUCAAACAGCGACGGGGUACCGUCGUAUAUGCGAGGCUAUGAUGGUACUGCAUUAAGAAAGAUUAAAGAAGUAGGGGAUAGUUAUCGAAAGGGAAGGCGUCAUAAACGUGACUCAGAUUCCGGGAGUGAAACCGAUGGUCGGAGUCUCGAACUAGCCUCCAGUCAUUCAAGUGAUGAUGAAGAGUCGCGUGUGGGCCGUAAUAGUAGCACUCAUCGUAGUACUGGAGUAUGUUCUACAUCAUAUUUACCAAAUAUCACUGAACAUGUCACUACUACACCUCCUGAAUUAAAUGUUGUUCAAAGUCCACAGCUGUUUCCUAAUGUGAAUGUUACUCGAUGGUCAAGUCAAGCUCCAGAGUCUUAUUUACCUGGUUCCAAUGUUGGACGCUGGUCUCAAGAAACAGGAUCUGACAACGAAAUUCAUCCGCACAAUACUACUGGUGCAAGCAACGUAUUGCCUAGUCCAGACAUAACUGAUACUUCAUAUUUACACCAAAAUCGAAUGAAUAUGCCUCCAUCUAUACUGGAAAACAUACAAGAAAACUACACAUAUUCUAACCAAGAUUUGAGAAGCGUUAGAUACAAUAAUCACACCAAUCAUAGCAAUGAAAAAUAUUCCGAUGAAUAUAGAGAGUAUGAGUUAAAUCAGCAUGGUGUGCUUCCGUAUGUACCUAAUGGCGCGAACCAACUAUCUGGUUCAACACAAUUAAUUAACCACAUGCGUUCGUAUGAUCAUGAAAAUCCUUAUGUCCUAAGAGAUACAAUUAAUGAUCGUUCAAGAACUUUGGGAUACAAGACUGAUUCUUCAUAUAUGUCUAAGGAACGCAUAGCACCCGAACUAUACAGUCCUCGUUUGGAUAAUCAUGCAUCAUUUAAGUCUAGUGUUCAGUCACUGCUGAAAAACGAUUACCAUCGUCAGAAGCAGGGUGCGGAUUUUGAUCGAAUGUCAGAAAAUUCGGAUAAAAAUCCAUAUAACUUUCCAUAUACUGCUGAAGAAGAUCAUUCUAGUCAUACGAUGAUGAGAACAAAUGAUAUGAAUGGUCCAAAUAGCUAUCACCUCAACAGUGGUUCUACUCUACAACCGAUGGCUUCAUUAACCACCAUCGAUGAUAAUAACGAAUGGUGUUGGGAUCGCUUGAAAAGUCUCGACUAGAAUUUUAUGCUAAAUACAAAGUUUUGAAGAAGGAAAACUGAUGAUGAGGAAACAACCGUGUAAUACCACCGAAGAUAGGAUUCACGUCAACAUUUUUAAGCUGAACUGAACAGCAGUUUAAAUACUCAGGAUAUGCAUCACUAUUUCGGGCUCAUGACUAUAAAAUAUAACUUAUAGACGACUUUGACUGCAACAGAAACUGUAUUAUUAAGUAUUUCGUGUAUAUCUAAAAGUAUGCAUCAUUUUUGUAUAAGUAUACAAAGCAAGUGUUCCUUUUCUGGGAGGUCAUCAAUAAACAACAUAGUCCUAUUUGGUAACUUCCUAAUACCCUGCCUUUUCCCAGUGAUCAAGUGGUUUUUUGUAUACAUAGUAACCGUAUUAGCAUAUGUUUCAACCUACCUUAUAUAAAUGCCAUGGAGAUAACAUGAGAGCAAUUAAGUUUGAGCGAAGACUGGCAGCUCUGUCAAACAUGGGAGCCAUUCAGAUACCAUGUACAGGAGUCCCCCGAAUAAGGCGAUGGGUAGUGCUGUACGCCCAUCGCGAUCUCUUAGCUCUCCAUUAACCCCAAACCCGCCCCUCUUCCGGAUUGUCCACGAGGACAUGUUUGUUUUCUUAUGUGAAGGCUGGGCAGUGCCGACAAGCGUGGCGUUCACUUGGAACUAGGGCGAACCUAGAUUGGACCUGAGCAAAAACAAAAACACUAAAAGACGUUUAUAACCCAAGGCUUUGCUUUUUUUGCGAAAUGUAAAUGACAAAUGAGGGAUUGAAUGAAUGAAUUGAAUGAGGGACCCUACUCUGAAAGUUCGAAAAAUAAUGACUACAUGUAUACCUUGAUAUAAGAAAUCGUUAUAAAACAACCUCAAUAUAAGACAAUUCGAUAUAAAGUUGAUACGACAUUUUGAUCUAAUUUUCCAUUCCAAAAGUGGCGCCAUGUAGAUGUUCAUUAUUUCAAAACAAUGCAAAAAAUUGUAAAAAACUAAUAGCUCAAACAAUAAUAAAUAGUUCAAAAAAACUUCAAGGUAUACAGCCCUAAGGGUUGUACGAAAGGGUGACGUAGGACUAUAUCAGAGCACUAGGUAAAGGACUAAUGUAAACUGCAUUUCAGGCAUAUGUAUGUUUAUAAGAAACUGUUAGUGCCAUUGUUUAAUUGAAUUUUUCAAAGAGAAGAGCGAAAUAUUCAAAUUCAAUUCUAUAUUCAAUGCAAUGCAAUGGUCGUUUUGAAAAUACGUGGACGGGGGUUCAUAAGUACAAGGCCAGCAACCAAUGAGACAAAUAUAUUUCUUUUAAAAAUCACAUGUGUGCAUUAUAAAGGUUGAAAUGGUAAUGAAUGACCAGCCCACAGAUUAUUGUAUUGAAUAUGAUUAUGCUUAGUUUGACAUGUUUCAAUAAUCUUACUUAAACUAGCUUAUUGCCUUUAAAAGGGCCAUUGGUUGCAAAUAAUAUUAAAGCCAAAGCACGUUCAUCGCAAAUAUGACGUGCCAUUCGAAAGUCCUUUUCUUUUGACAUGAAUGGCAGCUGGCACGUAAGUUAGCGGUGUCGAUUCACUGUCUUUUGCUCCGAGAAGAUUUUACUAGUUUACUUUCAAAGCUUAACGCUUGUUACAUAGUAGAAAAUCUGGCUCAUACGCAAAAAUUUCUGUUUUAUUUGUAUGAGAGUCCUUAUCCUCAAACCAUCAUAAAUAAAAUUCAUGCCUCCAAAAACACCCACAUGCCAAAUUUGGUUCGAUUUGCUCAAUUAGUUCUCGAAUUAUAAGGAAAUUUGUGUUUCAUUUGUGUGGGAGCCCCCCUCUUACGCUCUCCUUAAAAUUGGUCUCGAACCCUCCAUAAAAUUGCUGGUUAUUUUAUCUAUCCAACGACAUAUAAAUUGUUCAGAUUCAUUCAGUAGUUUAGUAGUUAUUACCAUUUGAAAUCUUUCAUUCAAACGUAACACUUCUAUUUUCGUUUUCACAAAGUGCUACCCAGUCCCAGUAUAGUAAACAAAGACGUAGUCCUACGUCAAAACGUAAACACACAACGCAAAAUUGGUGACUGCCAAUGGGCCAUAUUCUCACAGUCACCUCACCAAAAUUUUUUAGGUGAGGUGACAAUUUGCGAUUCUCACAGUCACCUGGGUGACUGUACAAGAGCCCUAUUUCACAGUCACCUCACCUAAAUUUUUUAGGUGAGGUGACAAUUUGCGAUCCUCACAGUCACCUGGGUGACUGUACAAAUCAAAUGGGGCCUGUAAGGUGAGGUGACUUUAGGUGAGGUGAUAAGAAAGUGAAAGAAGU